AAACACCCCUACAUUCACACACGAUUAACAGACGGCACCAGGCUGUCCAAACAUGUGUUGUGAAAGUUUAAAAGCCAGAGUGGCAGGGGCAUUUUAGUAACUUCGAAUCGAAUUUGAAAACACCCCACAGAUUGCGGUUUAAGUGGGGCCAAUGAUUUAUUUUUUAGGUUGGGCCGGCGACCCAAUUGGAUAGGGCCCAAAAAGAGUCCAAAUGUCUGGACGUGUUUGACCUCUUCUUGUUUAUUAAAAUAUGAUUCCAUAAAACCUCUGGGAAUUUCCUCCAUAAAACCUCUCCGAAUUCAUCGUUCUCUCUCUAUAUCUAUCUAACCCAUUUCCUUUGCUUUCUUCGCUUCCCUUUUUGUCCACUCCCUUUCCCUCUUUUAUGAUCUUCUCCUCUUCCUAGGGUUUCCUGUUUUCCGUUUUCCUAAACAAGAAAGAUUUGCAUUUCCUUUCCAAUAAGGAAAGGAAAUAAUGGAUUCUUCCACCAAAGGAAUGGAAAAAAAUGCUGUUGAGGUUAGAAUUUGUAAACCUGCCGGAAACUUAAAUGAGGCACCGGCGAAUGGGCUUUUCCCGGAAAGCCCCAGAAAGUGCGAGAAAAUGAAUCAUUCAAAUUCAAUCCCCAACGGUAUUUGUGGAAAACCGGAACAGAAAGAUUAUGAUGAUCAGGAAGAAGAGGGAGAUCACUUUUCCGAAAUUAAGAUUGCGAAUGGAAGAAAUGGUUACCUCGAAGACCACGACGACGCCGGUUCCUCCUCCUCGAUGACCGAAAACUCGGACGACUUUCAAACGGUUUCGCCCGAAAAGUCCGAGCACGUGAAAUUAGCCGUUGAUACGCCCAAUACAGAAAACAACGCAGGCGCAGGGAUCCUCCGACCUCAUGCGCACCUUCCGAAACCAGAGGCACCGCCUGGCCUUAACAGCUCACCCCCAGCUUCUCCAAACGGCGACGCUUCAGCUAACCAGAAGUUCGGCGUCGCCAUGCCGGCGAUCGGGAAGCUCAUCCGAGAGAGAAGCAGCAAUUUCUCGGCGGCGUUCGUGAGGAGAUUGUCGUCGCUAAAGGAUAACAACAAUGACACCGAAGAAGAUCCAAAAUCGAAUAAGCGGGACGUGACCGAGUUCAAUCUCUCCGGCCUCAAAGUGACGGUCAAGCUCAAGACCGAGUCUGAUGAUCAUCAGCAACAAGGACAAAUACUCAAAGGUCGAAUCAGCUUCUUCUCUCGAUCGAAUUGCAGGGACUGCACAGCGGUGCGAAGUUUUCUGAGAGAGAAGGGACUGAAAUUCGUGGAGAUCAACAUCGACGUGUAUCCAAAUCGCGAAAAAGAGCUUGUAGAGAGGACAGGGACGUCGUCCGUACCUCAGAUAUUCUUCAACGAGAAGUUGUUUGGGGGUCUUGUGGCGCUCAACUCGUUGAGGAACAGUGGAGGAUUUGACCAGAGGUUGAAGGAGAUGCUUAGCUCGAAAUGUCCCGAUGACGCACCUGCAACCCCGGUGUACGGCUUCGAUGAUCCCGAGGAGGAAUGGACGGACCAGAUGAUCGGGAUUGUUAAGGUGUUGAGACUGAGGUUGCCUAUUCAGGACCGUCUGAUGAAAAUGAAGAUCGUCAAAAACUGCUUCGCUGGGAGCGAGAUGGUGGAGGUCCUCAUUCAGCACUUGGACUGUGGGCGUAGAAAGGCAGUUGAGAUUGGGAGGCAGCUAGCCAGGAAGCACUUCAUUCAUCACGUCUUUGGUUUUGAAGAUGGAAACCACUUUUAUCGCUUCCUUGAGCAUGAACCAUUUAUUCCCAAAUGCUUUAAUUUCCGAGGAUCCAUAAGUGAUACUGAGCCCAAGUCUGCGGCUAAAGUUGGCCAAAGGCUCACCAAGAUCAUGUCUGCCAUACUCGAGUCCUAUGCCUCAGACGACAGGCGCCAUCUUGAUUACAUUGGCAUAAGCAACAGUGAGGAGUUCCGAAGGUACAUAAAUUUGGUUCAAGAACUUCACCGAGUGAACCUUUUUGAACUCUCUCCAGAUGCGAGGCUAUCCUUCUUUUUGAACCUCUACAAUGCCAUGGUCAUCCAUGCAGUUAUCAGGGUAGGGCGUCCACAAGGUGUAAUUGAAAGGAGAUCCUUCUUUUCUGAAUUCCAAUAUUUAGUUGGAGGACAUCCUUACUCCCUCAGUACCAUCGAAAAUGGGAUCCUUAGAAACAACCGUAGACCUCCUUAUUCCUUGGUCAAGCCUUUUGGAGCUGGAGACAACCGUACAGAGCUUGCUUGUGCUAAAGUGAAUCCAUUAAUUCACUUUGGACUCUGUAACGGGACAAGGUCAAGCCCAACUGUAAGGUUCUUCUCGCCACAAGGAGUUGAAGCUGAAUUAAGAUUUGCAGCAAGAGAGUUCUUUAAGAAUGGUGGAAUGGAAGUGAACUUGGAGAAGAGGACUGUGUAUCUCACCCAAAUUAUCAAAUGGUUCAAUGGUGAUUUUGGACAAGAAAAAGAAAUUCUAAAGUGGAUCCUCAAUUACUUGGAUGCAACCAGAGCCGGUCUUUUGACACAUCUUUUGGGCGAUGGAGGUCCUAUAAAUAUUGUGUACCAGAACUACGAUUGGUCCAUGAGUUCAUGAAAAUAAGGUGCCGCUGUUUAAAAACUGAAACUUAUCACAAGUAAUAUUUGUACACUUGCAUUGGCAAGGGAAAUAUUGUAUAUAAUACCUCAAUUUUGAAAGAAGAAUAGAGGAACUGCUGUUAAUUUGUAUGCGUUGUGAGCCUUCCCUUUGUUGGAAAGUGAAAAGGGGGAGAGGGGCAGGGAAUGGAGCCACUUUAGAUGAUUGUUCAAAACAGGGAAGGUGAAGGCAUUGUAAUUGGGAACCGGCGAUGUUUACUGUUAAGCUUAGCAACAUUUUGGGCGCUAAACUGCGUAACGAGAUUUCCCUUGUAAAUUAUUCUUGUGUUAUGAAUUCAGUUUUGCUGCCUUUUGAAUGA